UUAUCCGUAUUGCCAUGUUAUUUAUUGUUAGUUUACCGUUAUAUAACCUGAUAUAUGAUAUAUAUUUUCUAUAUGUUCUUGUAGAGUAGUGAUUGCCACCAUCGUUGACCCAAACAACAUACGGCUGAGCAGUGUGUGUGUGUGUGUGUGUGUGUGUGUGUGUGCGUGUAUGUGUGUGUGUAUGUGUGUAUGUGUGUAUGUGUAUGUUUGUGUGUGUCUGUGUGUGUAUGUGUAUAUGUGUGUGUAUGUGUGUAUGUGUGUGUAUGUGUGUAUGUGUGUGUAUGUGUGUAUGUAUGUGUGUGUAUGUAUGUGUGUGUGUAUGUGUGUAUGUGUGUGUAUGUGUGUGUGUAUGUGUGUGUAUGUAUGUGUGUGUGUAUGUGUGUAUGUGUGUAUGUGUGUGUAUGUAUGUGUGUGUGUCUGUGUAUAUGUUUGUGUAUAUGUAUGUGUGUAUAUAUGUGUGUGUGUAUGUGUUUGUAUGUAUGUGUGUAUGUGUGUAUAUGUGUGUGUGUAUGUGUGUGUAUGUGUAUAUGUGUGUAUAUGUAUGUGUGUAUGUGUGUGUAUGUGUGUGUAUGUGUAUAUGUGUGUAUGUGUAUAUGUGUAUAUGUGUGUAUGUGUGUAUGUGUGUGUAUGUGUGUAUGUAUGUGUGUGUAUGUGUGUGUGUGUAUGUGUGUGUGUAUGUGUGUGUAUGUGUAUGUGUGUGUGUAUGUUUGUGUAUAUGUGUGUAUGUGUAUGUUUGUGUGUGUAUGUGUGUGUAUGUGUGUGUAUGUGUGUAUGUAUGUGUGUGUAUGUAUGUGUGUGUGUAUGUGUGUGUAUGUGUGUGUAUGUAUGUGUGUGUGUAUGUGUGUAUGUGUGUGUAUGUGUGUAUAUGUAUGUGUGUAUGUGUGUGUAUGUAUGUGUGUGUGUCUGUGUAUAUGUUUGUGUAUAUGUAUGUGUGUAUAUAUGUGUGUGUGUAUGUGUUUGUAUGUAUGUGUGUAUGUGUGUAUAUGUGUGUGUGUAUGUGUGUGUAUGUGUAUAUGUGUGUAUAUGUAUGUGUGUAUGUGUGUGUAUGUGUGUGUAUGUGUAUAUGUGUGUAUGUGUAUAUGUGUGUAUGUGUGUAUGUGUGUGUAUGUGUGUAUGUAUGUGUGUGUAUGUGUGUGUAUGUAUGUAUGUGUGUGUGUAUGUGUGUAUGUGUGUAUAUGUAUGUGUAUAUGUGUGUGUAUGUGUGUGCGUGUAUGUGUGUAUGUGUGUAUAUGUAUGUGUGUAUGUGUGUGUAUGUAUGUGUGUGUGUCUGUGUAUAUGUUUGUGUAUAUGUGUGUAUGUGUGUGUAUGUAUGUGCGUAUGUGUGUAUAUGUGUGUAUGUGUGUAUGUAUGUGUGUAUGUGUGUAUAUGUGUGUGUGUAUGUGUGUGUAUGUGUGUAUGUGUGUGUAUGUGUGUGUGUGUGUCUGUGUGUAUGUGUGUGUGUAUGUGUGUGUAUGUGUAUAUGUGUGUAUAUGUGUGUAUGUGUGUGUAUGUGUGUGUGUGUGUCUGUGUGUAUGUGUGUGUAUGUAUGUGUGUGUAUGUGUAUAUGUGUGUAUAUGUAUGUGUGUAUGUGUGUGUAUGUGUGUAUGUGUGUGUAUGUAUGUGUGUGUAUGUGUGCGUAUGUGUGUGUGUUUACCCACGGGCCUGAUUAUACUGACUUAACAUGUUCCCGUUAUUAAGAACACUGCUGACGCGCUCAGUGCAGCAGAGACAGAACCGUCAGUUUCUCUUUGGGGUGAAUUGUUGUUGAUUAGUUUGUUUGUUAGUUGCAGAGAAGUGCACAGUUUAAUGUAUUAAUAAAUAAUAAAAUAGACGAAAAGAAUACUCAGAAACUUUGAAAUUCAUGUAAUUAUUUAAAAAUUCUUACAAAGCAUUUUCCCCAGUGUUCAGACCCCUCUGUGUAUAUAAUGAAUAUAAAUCUGUACUGAGAUGAUAAAACUUGUCCUGGCAGCAAAACGCAUUCUCUAUAAUCCCUUUAUUUAUCUUUAUAAUCCCUCUUUAUCAUGCGUAUACGGCUCGCUUUGGUGUGCAGUUCUCGUGUUGAACACAAGAUGGCGCCGCACACUGAGACCAGGAGCAGCACGCGCAGCAGCGUCCUCCAUAUAAACACGGCGAGCUGUGAACAGGCGCGAGCUGUAUGUACACUUAGGAAUCGAUUUGUUAGGCUUUUCUCAUCUCCUCGUCCUGGAGCUUGGAUAAUUGAGGAACCAGGCUGCUGGAGGAACGCAGUGGAGGAGAUGUGAGGAGGCAAAGCGCCACGUCAUGACCGCUACCCGAGAUUACAAACACUCGCUGACGUCAUCGCGUCCCUCACCUACAUUCUGUAGGACAGGCGUCAGGCGGCCAGAGGAAGAGAGAGGAGGACGACGACAUGGUGCCUGCCUCAUCACACUGUAAUGUGAAUAAAUGAGGGGAAAGGUGGAUCAUAUCUCAGCCUGAUCACUUCCUUUCCCCAGGCUGUGAUGUGAUGUGAUGUGAUGGUCUGCGACGCUCCUCUCUCGGGUUCCUCCCUCUGUGACCGCACCGCCUGCCUUCACUGAGAUGCACGCAGAGAUACAGUAAGGUACAAACAUCGAAUAAUCCACUCAGGAGGGAGAAAUGAGGAGCCACCAGAGCUCGCUGGUCGUCUCCUGUCUCUCUGUGUUGCUCUGCUGCUGGACCGGAGCGAGCAACCUGCGGAGCCGUGACAUCAGUAACAAUAAUUCUCACAACCUGAUCAAAGUCACGCCACCACACGUAAGAAGCAGAGACGCCGAUGUCGAGCCGAAGAAGCAGCAGGAAAGCGGAACCAACUCGAGCAGCAACGGCAGCGACUUCCUCAAAGAAGGUAGCGUGUGUGCGUACCGCGUCCUGCAGAGAGGCGAAGAUGGUCGGCUAUGCUUCCGACACGCUCGGGUCAACUUUACGUGUUCUGGCAGCACCUGCAGGCAGGUGACGUCACCUGGAGGUCACCUGGUCGCCAACCUGCUCUCCAACAGCACUGUGCUGCUCCAGUGGACUUACCCCAUGGUGCAGGAUAAAUCAGGACACAUUCUAGCGACCUCUGAGAUCCUGACUGAACUUCCUACAGGGUCUCCACCUGCCUCGCCAAAGAGACCCGGCGUGGGGCAGAGAGAGCCUCAGGGAGGCUUCAGGAUGAGGUGCUGGUGGAACGGCAGCUACACUCAAUUCGAGUGUGCGAGCGUGCAUCUGGCCAGUGACUGCAGGGACUACUUACUGAGCGAGCUCCACGAAAACGUGCCCUACCGAAUCUGCCUGCAGCCAGCGGUUUGGGACGGGCCCGGCGAGUGCGUGGAGUUCAGCAUGUCGCCCACGGGGAUGCAGGACAUCGUGAUCGCCAUGAUGAUGGUGGGCGGGGCCAUCUGCGUGAUGCUUGUGAUCAUCUGCUUGCUGGUGGCCUACAUCACAGAGAACAUCAUGAGUCCCAGCGCGCAGCACACACUCGCCACACAGCAGCACUCUCGCCACUCACACAACACGUACCUCUAGAAGCUGAGGCGCACACUGAUGACAUCAGAUGGCAGUGACUGGUUAAAUGGAAACAUUCCUCAUCACGUUCAUCUCUCCUUACCCACACAUAAAUCUAAAAAAGAAAUCAUACAAACACCCUCCUACAGAUCUCUCAUAUGAACAUAUACACACUUCUGUCACUGGCACUCAAACACAACCAUAACAAAAGAGGUCCUGGACAAGCUCUGUAACAGCCUCUUACAGCCCACGCACUCCACACACACACACACACACACACACACACACACACACACACACACACUCACUACUAUCUCUGUGAGCUUCUGGCGACACCCACGCCAAAAGGACUGUGGCAAAAUACAUGCAUCAUAAAACUCAAUUUUGUUCAGCAUUUUGAACAUUUUAUCUUGAAGCAAAAAAGCAAAACAAAACAAAUCUCACUGGAACUUCGGUUCUGAUUGGAUCCAUGCUCACAUAUCACAGCAAGUGUGUAUAAACACACAGAUCAGGUAGAAAAGCAAAUAAAAACAAGACUUGAUUUAUACAUUUUCAUAUAAACAUCCGCCAAUAAGCUGUUGCGCCCCCUACAUGUGACUGUGUGAACUGACGUUUACCACUGAACUGUGCACAUUAGCAAAACUCGAUUAGCCAGGUAGUUGUAGGAGCAUGUGAUUACAAGAAAAAGAUUUAAACCUAAGAUUAGUGGUUAAAUAUAAAUGAGUGAAGGAUGAUCAUGUCAUUAGUAACAUGAGUUUAAAGGAGGAGUUUGUCUAAAAAUGCUAUCGUGGCUAAUGCAUCUAGCAUAUAUCUGGUAUUGAGAAUGAAAGAAUAAAGCUGAAGGUGUUUUAAAAAAAUAGUUUUUCUCCUCUAUGGGAGCAAUGCUGUUUUAUUUCUGUAGGACUUUAAAGUAAUACAGAUGGCCACGGCAUCGUUGUGGUGGCUACAAUAAGAUUUUAUGCCUUACAAAGUGAAUAAAAUUCAGUUAUACUGAGGACACAGACUGGUGAAGCAAUCUGAAUACUGUGCUAUUUUUUUCUCUGUGUUAUACAAAGCCUCUUGUGUCAAUAAAAGAAUAAUUAACCUAA